AUGCCAUCUAUCCUUAGUGACGCCGACAAGGAAACUGUGAAGCGGAAUGUUCCAAAACCUUCCAACAAAAUUCUUGCUGUAGGGGUUGCGCGGCUAUAUGUCGCGUACCCGGAUCCCCAUCGAUGGACAUACACAGGAUUGCAGGGUGCCGCAGUGCUCGCGAACGACCUGGUCGGGCGGACGUUUUGGCUGAAGCUAGUGGAUGUCUCGCCCGCCGGAAGAGGUGUGAUUUGGGACCAAGAGAUCUACGACAAUUUUUCAUACAACCAGGAUCGCACGUUCUUCCACACAUUCGAACUCGAAGACUGCCCGGCGGGUUUCUCUUUCGCCGACGAAAAGGAGGCCAAAACUUUCAUCAAGAAGGUCCACGAGCGGGAGAAGCAUGCAAGCAAGGAAACCCGUCAGACACCGUUCGCAUCAACCAGAGGCCAAGGCCCUGCGCCUGUUGUCAGUGGAAAAUCAGGCGUGGGACGAUCGCUGUUCGGUAGUUUACUAGGCCAUCGGUCAGCGUCGGGAUCGAGCGCACCACCACCACCACCGGCGGCACCUGCUGCAGCACCCUACGCGCCUCCUACGCAGUUAGCUCCGGCGUCUCGGCCCCCCAGUGCUUCCCGCAAAGAGUUGCCCUUUGAUACAAGUGAUCCAUCAUGGAAGGGGCUCCUGGACGAACUGCUCCAGAUGGGAAUUACAGAAGAUCAGAUUGCGGAGAAUUCCGAUUUCAUCAAGGCGUAUAUUGAACAGAGACAAGGGAACGAGGCCGACUCUACGCCUUCUGAAGAGCAGAAGCGAGGCAAGGCCCCGCCUCCUCCCCCGCCUCCCUCCGGCCCUCCCGCACUGAAAAUGACUGCGAUCAGUCCACAGAAUACCGGGAACAGUGCAGGCAGUCGAAGGGGCGCGCCUCCGCCACCUCCGCCAUCUCGAAAAGUCCGCCCUGAAGCGGAAGAGGAACCAACCCCUGCACCAGCUCGUGAACCAUCACCGCCAAGACCCAGAUUCCGUGCACCUCCUCCUCUUGCAGAUGCUGGUAAACUCGCCCAUGUCGUUAGCCCUCCCCUCCCUGGCCGGCAGAGAGCCAUGUCUGGCGCGACUCCCGGUCCACCUCCGCCCCCUCGGCCUCCCAAGAACCCGAUGGAGGAUGGCGGCGGAUUUCGGUUCGGUGUUCCUCCGCCUUUCCAUGGGGAACGCAAGGUAUCUGCUCCCCCCGCACCACCUAGUCGUAGCCCGGCCCCUCCAGGGCCUCCUCCGCCUCCUCCGCGAAGCCCUGCUACUCCGCCGCAACUUCCACCCAAAGUUCCCCAUGCCCCGACUUCAGCAGCAGGUCCUCCGCCUCCACCGCCAGCUCGAAAUCCCAUCUCAUCCCCCCCUCCGCCUCCGCCAGUGCCUGCUGCUUCACGGCCAAUCCCUCCUCCGCCAGCGGCCAGUGCUGUGCCUCCCCCUCCACCUCCUCCUCCUCCCCCACCACCUUCGGCGAGCAUUCCACCGCCGCCGCCUCCACCUCCACCUCCUGUGUCACACGUCCCUCCUCCGCGGCCCCCGCCACCCCCAUCAAGCGGAGGUCCACCACCUCCUCCACCUCCUCCGCCAGCUCCUGGUGGCUUUGCCCCUCCUCCCCCACCCCCUCCACCCCCAGGCGGUGCGGCUCCACAUUUGCCUCAGCCAGCUGGGGAUCGGGGCGAUCUCUUGGCUGCUAUCAGAGCGUCUGGAGGCAAGGGAGGUGGAGGUUUACGGAAAGUCAAGGAUUCAGACAAGAAAGAUCGAAGCGCCGCUCUCGUCCCGGGAUCCGCCGCUGAAUCGUCUGCACCGACACCAGGCGGCGGUGGUGCUGCUGCUCAAGGAGGUCUGGCAGGCGCUUUGCAAGAUGCUCUUGCGAAGAGAAAACAGAAAGUUAGCGGCAGCGACGACGAAAAGGACGAUGACGAUGAUUGGUGA